AUGGCUCCGACGAAACUGUUUAUCACUGGCGGCACCGGCUUCAUUGGAGGAAGCGUCCUUGACGCAAUCCAAUCCACUUACCCCGAGUUGGAAAUCACGGCACUACUCCGACGGCCUAAUGAGUCGUUCACAUCAAGAUAUCCGAGCAUCAAGAUUAUCAAGGGAACUUUUGAGGACUUUGACAUCAUCCAAGAUGCCUCCGAACAGGCCGACAUUGUCCUUCACGCCGGCAACACCGACCACAUGGCAAGCGUCAAAGCCAUUCUCGCUGGCCUAACCAAGAAGACGACUCAGAGUCUCUUACUCCAUCUCACCGGAACGGCGUCCAUCUCCGACACCAUGCAGGGUAACAAGUCGUUUGCAGGAAAGCUGAACCCACGCGUCUGGAAUGACAUCGAUGACGUCGACGAGAUAUACAACCUCUCAACCGACAUUAUCCAUAGAGAUGUCGACAGACUCAUUGCGGAUGCCAACAAUGAUUUGGUCAAGACGAUCACUGUUAGUCCACCGGAUAUUUAUGGGCAAAAGACUGGUUCUGGUACUACGGGAAGCUUCCUGGUUCCUGAGUAUGUCAAGGCAAUUAUCGAGCUCAAGAAGGCCUUUUAUCUCGGAGAAGGGCAGAAUAUUCGUGGUCUUGUGCAUAUCAGCGAUGUUGUCAGCCUAUUCGUGCUCAUUCUCGGCAAAUACCUUCAAGGCGGCGAAGGUCUUGACUAUGGCAAAGAGGGAUUUUACUUUGCCUCAUCUGACGGGGUCAAGUGGAAGGACGCCGCAGAGGCCAUCGCCAAGAUCGGCCACGAGCAAGGCUGGCUCACUGAAGAGACGCAACCCGUCUCACUCGGCCUGGAGGAAUUUGUGAGCUUGAGAUUCAAGAACAGUUUCUUUCAGGACCAGAUUAUCUUGUACAUGUGGGGUUCCAAUAGCAGAGCGGAAUCGGCUCGGGCAAAGAGGCUGGGCUGGGAGCCAAAGGGACCCGGUUUCUGGGACUGUCUUGCGGAGGAUUGUAGGGUUGCUGCUGAGGAAUACGCCAAGGCUUCUAAGUGA